UUUAGUCAUUCAAUUCCUUGUUAAAAUGGUCGUUUUAUUUCUAGUCUUUUUUAAUAAUUUACUUAAAUUUUAUUAAUAAAAACAUUAAAAUUUGUAACAAACAUGACCCAAAAAGAGGUGACGAUGGAUGAGUUGGAGGAAACGGUGAAAUGCACAGACCAACAACUAGACAUGAUGGAAUGGAAGAUGGAUGCUGUAGAGAAGCAGCUUGCUGAGCCAGUCGAUAAUCAGGAAGCCUGUGUAAUGAAUUUGCUCAAAUCUGUCUCUGAGGUGAGGUCUGAGUACCAGCAGUUGCGGCGAGAGCUGGUAGAAGUACAAGCGCUGCAGCGGGAACUAUCCUCAAGGCUUCGCGCGCAGCUGCGCCUAGUGCACGGCAAGUUUGCACGACUGCGGCAGCGAAUCGCCGCAGCUGAUACUACGCGCUAGUUAGAAAAAAGUUGCCCCAUUCCUUUGUUUUGGUCAAUUGUCACUUCUAAGCUCGCUCAUGUGUGUUUUGAUCCAUUUUAAUGCUCGUUGCCAUGGUAACGCAUCCAACUGAAUGAAGCUCUUUGAAAAUUCAAAAUUACAACGGUCUAGUUUGAAUAUUAUAUCAGUUGUACAAAUAGCUCGGCACUUUUAUCUCGAUUCUUUUAAUAUAGUUAAAAUUUACUCGUUUUAUUGAAAAAGCUGGAGGCUAAUUUUAAAAUGUAUUUGAACAACGAAUAGUUUUAUUGUCUUUUUUGUGUAAAUAGGACUAACGUUGUUUUUUGUUGGUGCCAUUAAACUACUCGAAUGUUGCACCAAUUUUUGUGCCAAAAAAUAGGAGUCAAACUUCUGUUUUCUAUAAACACUAUUAGAUACAGAAAUAAUAAUUUUUUUUGGUAGUCUGAUAUAACAAUAGAUGUUACAUUAUAAACCUAACUUAAAACUAGUCUCGUGUAGGACUUUCUUAAGUCUAGAUUAAGAACUAGUCUGCUCAGCACAUCUGACUGUUUAGUCGAUUUAUUUAAUAAUAGAAUAAAGCGUUAAUUCAAUUAAUCGUUUAGAAUUUACCCAAAAUCGUAAAUUGGUGCUAAAGGAAUGAGGUUUGAAUAUUCGAAUACGAUACAGUUUUUGAAAAACAAUUUUUGUUUAGUCACACAGUUUUAAAACAUACAUUAAUGUGUUAGAAAUAUCCACAAUUCACUCUCAGAGUCUCCUUACCAUUAUUUAGUAUGAGAAAUGUGUCCUUAGGGCUUUAGUGACUAUUAAGUAAACGACUCUGAGAAUAACUGUCAUCUAAAAUAUACUUACAAUAU